AUGCCAUCAGCUACCAUGUCGAACGUGCGGUUUCGGGCUCUGCCAUCUAAUUCUGGGCUUAAGAAUUUUGAGUCGACGACGGAGGUCUCCAACGUAGAGUUUUUGUCGCACCAGAAUCCACCACUGGCUGCUGGUGAAUAUGAAGCGAGCUUCGUCCAGAGUAUCGAGCCACCGAAUGGCUUCUCCGGGCCUGAAAAACCUUUCGAAUCGUCCCAGAAGUUCACCGUGCAAGGGCCGACUUUUAAGCUCGACCCGGUCACCGAUAUCGACAGUGUGUUCCCGGCUCCUGGGCAUAGCGAGCACGCCAACACCCUCCCUCACAUUGUAUUUUCCGAUCCCAUUCUCCCAUGGGAGAGGAAGCUCGGCAAUGGUUCCAAGACGGACGAGUUCAACUCGACACCAUGGCUGGCUUUAUUAGCUUUUACGGAAGAAGAAUUGAAACUUUCCGAUGCAGAGGUCAGCGCUUUGGAUUUCAAACCAGGGCCAAGAACUCCAACCCCGACUUUAUCCUUUGAUAUGACCGCAAAGGAGCUCAUGGACGUUGGCCAUAAAGGGUUUAAUUCGGCAUUGAACCUGACGGGCGAUCGUGGCCAUCUACCCAACGGUUCUCGGGACGUCGACCCAGUCAGUGCUAUUUUCCUGAAGCCUGAGCUCUUCAAGGCAUUAUUCUCAGAAUAUUCGGAUACAGCAUCCAUGCCAGGUUGGACCGGUAAACAAAGUGCGAAGCGCUACGCGUACUUUGCGCACAUUCAGCGUAUUCACGGGCAUCACAUGGCAUCCACCUCACCGGGAGAUGCUCACAAACGUGACCAUUCCAUAGUCUUCAGUCAUCGAGUGGGCGUCAUUGCGCCGACACAACCGACCAAUGUCAUCGUGCAUCUGGUAUCGCUGACAGACGUCGAAGAAAUCAACGUCGGUGCCAAUACCAAACGCGUUGGUUUGAUCUCGCUUCAUUCGUGGACCUGGAUGGCAAUACCAUCGGACCACGUUAAUUUUAUACACACUAUGACUGAGCUGAGCAAGGCCGAAUCCAUCCAACCGUUACGCAUGACUGAUCGGUUCCUCGCCUCUUUCGUAGACAUGAAAGCCACAGGCACAAACCCAAAGACGGACGCCACUCAACGUCUUGUGAACCGCCUCAUGGACGGCUACAUUAUCAAGAAGCAUACCUUGAACACUGCAAAGCAGCGAUCGAGCCUGCUUCGUGGUCCUCUAUGCCCACAGAUACCUUCGGUAUUCUGGGACCGGCCCUCAUCGCAGAACGGAAACGACUUGGAAGUCGAAGAUGAAAUCACGAAGCUGCCAGAUGUCUCAUAUAAAGUAGCGUGGCAGCUCGGUCGUUUGCUUGCCAUUGGCGAUACUGUCUUCGUCAAGAGCCUACUAUGGCUUCGCGGGAAGAUUCAUUCUGAAGCAGUCAGACUCACAAAAGAAGAUGUCGAUAAUAGCUAUACUGGAAUGGAGGACUAUUUGAAGAAGCUUCUGGAAGCUGUGCAGGGCAUAACUGAGGCGCAUGAUAAUCCCGCCGUUACUACAGAUGCGAAUGCAUUCUAUAGGUGGUAUGACGGAGCAGGAACUCCCGGAUAUGCCAAUAACGCUGCGCCGGUCGGAUUGACGCUUCCUAAGAUAUGCUGCUCUUCGCAAUAUGUUGACUACGUCCGGAAGGUGGCAACGGAACUCACAAGUACGCGAGAAAAAGCUCGUGAAACGAAUUCUACAAAGAUCUAUAAUGAGACCAACGACCCACUCAGCCACGAGUGGGCAAAGGUUCUCGAAUGGAUCUUGGACAUUCUCUUCACCGGGAAGAUUCCUUUGCACUAUCUUGUCCCUGAUCCCGAGAGCAUCCCGGCAGAGUCUAUCCGAACAUUCUUCGUGGACCAAACAUGGUUGGAAUGUGUGAUUGAUGGCGCCUUGAGCCUUGCAAAUCACCUCGAGCCCGAUGACGAUAACAUCAAAAAGGAGCUCAAGAGGAGAGUUAAUGCUUAUUUGGCAACUCCACUUGGCGAUGGUCCAGACGCCCCAUUGCCCAGGCUCCCGAGGUGGGGAUUCUUCCUGCGCAGUACUGCCAUAUCAGCCUUCCCGGACCUUAGAGUUGAAGUGCCGACCAAAGGAAAAUCUUCACAAUCAGAUAUCCUCCUCAUGCAACGGGUGGGAGAAGACGUCCUCAUGUUUCUGCUAGAUCGAAUUCCGGGCGAGGACGAGUUCUCUGACGUGAUUUUGUCUCGACCCGGACAUCAAAACGGGUUCACCUUGGGAGAUGGCGAAACUGAGCUUACUCAUGAAGAGUUGACCAUCAGCUUUAGGCGUCUACCCAACUUACCGGCUACCUAUGACUAUGAGAAAGAAGAAGGGGUGCACGUGAAGACGUGGUCCUCCGAUGGCAAGCAAGGAGGCAAACCUGUUUUUGACUGGAACUACCGAACAAUCAUCAUGCCCGAGUUUGCUCAGCAGUGCAUUGAUCUGGUUGGGGGCCCUUCCAAUGAUGGGAAGUACUUCUCGUGGGAUCCGUCCCAGCGUGGAGGCAUUCCAAGCUCCCUCAUCGCGACCCAACUUAGCAAGUCUGUUUUCAGGCUCAAGAUCGGCUCAGAUCCUGAUCAGGCUCUGAAGAGUCUGCUGUCGGACCCCUCUCGAAACCCUUGGAAGAUGGAAAAUGGAGCAAGGAGAAUAUACGUCGGCGAUGAAGUGGCUGCCGGUGGUGCUAGUAACAUGAAGGUCUCUGCUCUGGAGGAAGUCAAGAUUGAGGCUGUAACCCUUCCCGUGGCACCUCUCCCAUCCGCCCAUAGGCUACAGAUCCCAGCUCCUCUUCCAGCUGAUAACACUACACUCACCACUGAUCACAUGGACUUUGGCUCGUUCCCGGAUUACCCCGGCAUGACGGGUUACCGAUAUGGUACGGGAAGAAACGAGCACGACAUCCGGCCAAGAACCGCAGUCUAUCCCCUGCACCAUGAGGACGACAGAGACAACUGGACAAUAUCCAGCCAUGGUAUGCCCAUGGAUCUCGUCGUCCAAUGCGAAGGUCAUGCCAGAGACUCCUUCUGGAGCAAUUUCCCUGCUGAGUGGCACUUCCUUAUCCCCAUACGCUUGCAGUCAUACCCACCAGACAAGGACGACUCACUACGCGACGUCGGAGUACUUCUCCAAAUUCCAGGUGACAGGGACCAUCUCGAGCUUCCCACGAUAGAGCCCAUAUAUGCCGGUCCGAGGUGGAUCUACGAUAUGAGCGUGUGCUACGGUGGGAGGUGGAACGAAGAGGGAGAUCGUAACAAGUACGUCGCCGACAAAGCCAAACAUUGGGUGUCGUAUCUCUGGAUUCGUGCGCGGACGGCAGCACGCUGGACGAAAGACGACAAGCAUUACGAAAAACAGGGUUACAACUUGAGCUUCCUUCUAAAGGGGGUUCGCAUUGAUCCGAUCCCCCGCGGAAUGUACAAAGAAGUUGAGGUCAAUGUAGUAGGCCUCGAGGCUUUUGAGAUGGGCGAAAAUUGGGUACCUCAUACGUGCGUGGUCAGGAAAAUCAAGGUGUAUAACAAGUAA